UCUUAUACUUUCACACAUUUUCCAUUCCAACAAAUCAAAAACAUUUCUUUUCUCAUCUCUCUCUCUUUCAAAGCAUCAAAUCUAUCACAAAUUCUACCUUUCUGAUUCGAACCAAAUUAAAUCCUUAAACAAAAAAUGGAUCAAAAUUUGCCAAUUGUAGCAAAGAAAUUCUGGAACAUAGUGCGAGUAGCUUUCUUCAUGCUGAAAAAAAGCAUAUCAAAGAGAAAAUUUAUGCUGGAUUUCAACUUAUUUAUGAAGCGUGGCAAAAUUGCUAGCAAAGCCGCAAUCCAUAAUCUCAUGUUCCACCACAUGACCCAUCAAUGGUCUAAUUCCUCAUCUUCUCCCACUUCGCACGUGGGAGAUCUCUCACACGCUCCACCCGAUGAGUAUGAAUUCAGCUGCAGUGACAGCCCAGCGUACACUAAAACCUUCCACCUUCCAUUCAACCUCAACAAGCGCAGCAAGCACCGCGCGCCCCAUUUUCACGCGCCGGCCACCCCCGACGACGACGCUUUUGUGAUAAAUGCGGCUGUUAUGAAGGCAAUGGAGAUGCUUCAGAAUGAUAAUUCUUCGCCGGCUAAUAAUUUGCCUGGUUUUGGGAGGACUCCGACGGUGAGGCAGUUGAGGAUUACUGACUCACCUUUUCCAUUAAGAGAUGUUGAAGAAGAUAGCCAUGUUGAUGAGGCUGCUGAAAAUUUCAUAUCAAAAUUCUACAGGGAUUUGAGGCGGCAAGCUUCUCCUGGUCCAUAAAUAUAUACUAUACUAUUUAUGCGUUUCGAUUUUCAGCGUAGUGAUUUGGAAAUAUGGACAACUUAUUUGGGAUUAAUGUAUAUGCAUUGCAUAUUGCAUGUAAAAAUUUCAGCUUUCCGUUCUGUUCGUGGGUGUUUUUUCCCAUUUCCUUUAGGGGUUUAAUGGAAAUGUCAAAAAAGAAAAAUGUAGUCCUACGGAGUAGUAUAUUAUAGUAUAUAAUUGUGAUGAAAUAUUUCCA